AUGGUCCACGUAAAGAUAUACCGCCCCGGAGACGGUGCCCAAACUGAGGAGCAAGACGCAUCCAGCUAUCGAACAACUUUAGACCAAUGGAAGAAAAAAGCAGCAAAAGUAGAAUUGAAUGAUGACCAAAAAAAAGAAAUAAAAGAGGCCUUUGACUUAUUCGACGUGGAUGGGUCUGGAACCAUAGAUGUGAAAGAACUGAAGAUUGCAAUGCGGGCUUUAGGAUUUGAGCCAAAGAAAGAGGAAAUUAGACAAAUGAUAGCGGAAAUGGACAAGGAAGGGACUGGCACGAUUUGUUUCGAAGAUUUUUUUGCCAUUAUGAGUGUGAAAAUGAAUGAAAAGGAUGAGAAAGAAGAGAUACUGAAGGCUUUUAAAUUAUUUGAUGAUGAUGCUACUGGCACCAUAUCACUGAAUAACAUCAAGAGGGUUGCCAAGGAACUAGGGGAAAACUUAACAGAAGAAGAAUUGCAGGAAAUGCUCGAUGAAGCGGACCGUGAUGGUGACGGAGAGAUUAACGAGGAAGAGUUUUUGAGGAUGAUGAAGAAGACCAGUCUUUAUUAGCUCUGCUUUCU